GAAGAACUGUCAAAAUGUGACACAUUUGAGACGGCAAAUAAAAUUUGUUAAUUUUGUCGUUUCUUAAGAGAAAGAAUUAAAUAAAUUUCAGUAUUUUUUUAUUACUGUUCAUUAUUAUGCAAAUGAUUUAAAAUCAAUUAAAAAUAUUAAGUAAUGGCCGAUAGAGAUCUUUCAAUGGGCCCCCGUGAAGGAGUGGUGUAUCCCAUACGAGUCCAAUAUUGUGGAAAUUGUUCUAUGCCGAUAGAAUAUUGCGAAUACUACCCUGAAUACGACAAAUGCAAACAAUGGCUCGAAAAGCAUCUACCAACGGAAUUUGAAAAGGUCAAAAUAGAUGAAGAAGAAAACACAGGUGGUGAAGAAGAAAAGAAGAGGCAAAAACGAGGUGGCAAAGGAAUGCUGAAGUCAAAGAAAAAGGAAGAUGUUCCUAAGUUAGUGCAAGUGUCGCGGGCGCCCCGUGGAAAAAAGAAAUCUGUUACUGUAGUAUCUGGAUUAAGCACUUUUGAUAUUGAUUUGAAGACGGCAGCUAAAUUCUUUGGCACCAAGUUUGCUUGUGGUGCAUCGGUGACGGGAGAUGAUGAAAUUGUCAUCCAAGGAGAUGUGAAAGAUGAUCUUUUUGAUAUUAUACCAGAGAAAUGGCCUGAGAUUGAUGAAGACAGCAUUGAAGAUCUUGGUGACCAGAAAAGAUAGUUACAAUUUUAGUAACUAAUAUCCUAAAAUAUAUUGCUUUAUUUCUGUGUUAUUCUUUUAAUGCCCUGCCCACAGUCAACAUUAACUUUACUACUAAUAUCAUCUCCGUUAGCACGCAAGAAGGCAUUGUAUAAUAUUGAAGGACUGUGUAAUUCAGAAAUUAGUGCUCAGUGUAACAAGUAUGUUUUUCCUAUUAUAAUAAUAAAAUAGAAAUAAAGCAUAAUAUUAUUUUUAUUUAUUUAAUGAUUCUCAGAAUAAAUAAAAGUCGAAUUAA